UUGUGAAGUCACCUCUGUUCUGUCUGAGAAAUAAAGUUUAUUAUCUAGCUCUUAAUGUUGAGGAAUUUUCCUUCUCUCUCACUGAACACCAGAUUCUGCCCCUCUGCAGCAGGGAAAUGCUUUCACAGUUUUCUCUUGUGAUUUUUUCAAGCCCUGCUGAAUUUGCUGGUAAAUUAAGAAUGUGCAGAACAGAGAAACAGGAAGUGAGUUUUGGAAGAGGCAGAGGAGCCUUGUAGAAGGAUCGAAAGUGAAAGAAAACUUCUUGGAGCAAUUCCAUUCUCUCCCCUUUCUUCCUGCUCUGUCUUAAGGGAUUUUUCUCUGGUUGUGUGGACAAGUCUUAGGAAUUUGAGCAUGUGGAAUUAGGCAGUUCGGGGGCAUCUUGGCAUCGGGAACUUGGUGACUGUGAUGUUGCUGGGACAGGGUGGAGCAGGCUACGACUACAUUCCACUAAUUCUGGACAAGUAUGGAUCUCAACAAUUGUCUGUUCAACAUUGCGGAGAAUCUAACCAGUGAUGAGGUGGCUUUCCUCAAGUUCCUAAGCCUGGAUUACAUACCACAAAAGAAGCAGGAACACAUCAAAGAUGCCUUAAUGUUAUUCCAGAGACUCCAGGAAAAGAGAAUGGUGGAGGAAAACAACUUGUCCUUCUUGAAAGAGCUUCUAUUUCGAGUUGGGAGACUGGAUCUCCUGAAAAAGUACCUGAACACCAGCGAAGAAGAGAUGAAGAAGAAGCUUCAGAUACCGGGCAAGGCUCAGAUCUCUGCAUACAGGGUUAUGCUAUUCCAGAUUUCAGAAGAUGUAAAAACAUCAGAAUUACCAUCCUUUAAAUUUCUUUUGAACAAGGAGAUCUCCAAAAGUAAACUGGAUGACAACGUGAACUUGCUUGAUAUUUUCAUGGAGAUGGAGAAGAGGGUCCUUCUUGGGGAAAGAAAUUUGGACACUCUAAAACGAAUCUGUAACCAAGUCGACAAGAGCCUGCUGAAGAAAAUCAAUGAUUAUGAAGAAUUAAGCAGAGGUGCUACAUGUUUCUUUCCUAAAGUAUCCUCUCUGCCAUGUGUCAUUCUAGAUGUGUCUCCAUCAUUUGUAGAGGAGAAGGUGUCACUUAGUAUGCUGUCAGUGUCGGACAAUUCAAGAGAACAGGACUGCGAAUCUUCUAAAGAGGACAGUGAGUCACAACAGACAUUGGACAAAACUUACCGAAUGACAAGCAAGCCGCGGGGGUACUGUGUGAUCUUUAACAAUUAUGACUUUAGCCUGGCAAGGGAGAGCGUGCCGAGGCUUCACAACAUAAAGGACAGGAAUGGAACACACUUGGAUGCAGAGGCUUUGCGUACCACCUUUAGUAUGCUUCACUUUGAUAUAGUGCAGCACAAUGACUUCACAGCAGAGAAAAUCUAUGAGACCCUGGAAGGCUAUCAAAGCAAGGACCACAAUAACAAAGACUGCUUCAUCUGCUGCAUCCUUUCCCAUGGAGACAAGGGCAUAAUCUAUGGCUCUGAUGGGCAGGAAGCCCCCAUCCAUGAGCUGACAUCAUUCUUCACUAGUUCGAAGUGCCCUUCCCUUGCAGGCAAACCCAAAAUCUUUUUCAUCCAGGCUUGUCAAGGGGAUAACUACCAAAAAGGUAUAGCUGUAGAGACUGACUCAGAAGAAAAGGAAGACUAUUUAGAAAUGGACUUAACACUUCAGAAGAGAUACAUCCCAGAUGAGGCUGACUUUCUGCUGGGAAUGGCCACUGUGAAUAAUUGUGUUUCCUACCGAAGCCCCAUGGAGGGGACCUGGUAUAUCCAGUCACUUUGCCAGAGCCUGAAAGAAAGAUGUCCCAGGGGUGAUGAUAUUCUCACCAUCCUCACAGAGGUGAACUUUGAAGUGAGCAAUAAAGAUGACAAGAAAAAUAUGGGGAAGCAGAUGCCACAGCCGACUUUCACUCUGACAAAAAAACUCUUCUUCCCUCUUAAUUGAUGUAUAACACUAUGCUUAAUAUUUUAUUAAGAUGCUGCUGUUAUGCUUCUACUUUAUGCUAAUAUUUACUAGCAUAACACUAGGCUUAAUUUAAUAUUGCCAUGCCUUGCUCCUCCUUUUUUUUGAUGGUAGGAAGGGGAGAGAAUGGGAGUCAAGACAAUUUAAUUUGUAUGUAAAUCAAGCCCAAAUAUCUGGCUUUGUAACAAUAGCUAGAUAUUUAUAACCAUAGUCAUGAUUUUAGUUAUACUUUUAAUUUGAUAAAAAAGCUUUUAAAAACUAUAGUAGAUACAAAAAGUAUAGUAAGUUUAAAAGAAGAGUAACAUCAUAAUGGUUCAAAAACAGUGGCAGAUGUAUUUCAGAAGUCACUCAUCUUCUUUCAACCCAUAAUCAUUCAAUUUAAUUCCCUUCAAAUUGUUAAGUAUUUUGUUUUGUACUUUCAGUCCCUCUCUUUCCAAGCCAUUGUUUGCACUACUUUACAAAGCUGUGAAAAAGAGUCUUCCUUUUUAUUCACCUAGGUUCUUUGGUUUAUCUGUUAAUUAAAUUGGCAUAAAAUAAAUGAACAGAAGGAAAACUAACUUUCAUACAUAUAGGAUAGCAGAAAAAUCUAAGACUCCAAGAAAUGAUUAAAUCAGGCAGAUUUUAUUUUUAGACAGUAUAACAAUAAAUUUGUGAAGAAUUUACAAGACAAAGAAGUUUGGGCUUCCAGUAGUAAAUUAGAAAAGAAGCAACAGAGGGGUUUUUUUUGUUUGUUUACGAAGCCUUCUUAGCCUGUAUUCCCUAUCUCUGGUAAUACAGUGGCUUCUACCGUGUUUGCACAUGGAGGGUGCUUUUCAUAUAGUAGGUUUAAUGUCAGCUUUCAGGGGGAAUAAAAAAGGAUUAGA